UCUGAGCCGGUUCCACAUUUUAUGUGCCACAAAAAAAAUAAAAAACUUUCUUUUUCUUUUUCUUUUUUGUGGUUUUUCUGAAUAAUAAGAACAAGGGAAAGAUUUCAUCUAAUUCUUCUUUUGGAAGAAUUUCAGUGUUUCUUCUAUUUCGUUUUUUUCUCUCUGAUAUCUCUCAGCCCUGCAACUUCUCCAUCAAACGGUUGAUUCUUUGCAGCUAAUUGGGUUCCUUCAAAUAGUCAGAAUUUUAGUGCUUAUUCCCCAGUUGGGUAGUUUGAAUAGGUGUCAAAUUGGGUCAAGCUUUGCUUACAAAUUUCUCAAUUCGCAUAGAGCUCACAAGGGUCUGUGGCAUCAGGAGAAUUUCGUAAGCUAAAAAUCUGGUUGGAUUUGGACUGUUAUCACUGCUUCAAAUAUGGUUGAAUCAAUGGCUGCAACAUCUCUUUUGGGGCAUAGGCCGUUUUGUAGUGGGACUUCUGUAACAGAUGUCUCCAACAAGCGGAAAUCUACAUAUAACUGCCAGCUUACGAAAACAGAAUUCCUUGGAAGAAGGGUAAUUGCAUCCCCUCCUUUGCCAAGAUUGAAAGUUGAUCAUGUACCUGUUUCAUCAAUUAAGGCUCUUGCAAUGGAGCUGACAAAAGAAGUGCAUUCAUACAAGGAAGAGCGAAUUCCACGGAAUUGGAAUUAUCAGAUCGAUACCGGUAUAAAUGAAAAGCCUGUUGUAUGGCCACCUGAGAAUAAAGCGGAUAACCCUUCACUGCAAAAUCCCUUACUUCGACAAGAAAGGAUGGGUUGCGGUUGGUUAGGUGCCAUAUUUGAGUGGGAAGGAGUUCUGAUAGAAGACAAUCCUGAUCUUGAGAAGCAAGCAUGGCUUGCUCUUUCUCAGGAAGAAGGAAAAUCUCCUCCGCCAGCAUUCAUACUUAAAAGAAUAGAAGGAAUGAAAAAUGAACAGGCUAUUUCGGAGGUUCUGUGCUGGUCAAGAGACCCGUCUCAGGUGAGAAGGAUGGCUUCUAGAAGGGAAGAAAUUUACCAAGCUUUGCAAGGUGGGAUAUAUAGAUUAAGAGCUGGGUCAAAAGAGUUUGUGAAUAUCUUGAUGCAUUACAAGAUACCAAUGGCAGUGGUUUCUACACGUGCUAGAAAAACUCUUGAGACUGCAAUUGGAGCCAUUGGUGUUGAAGAAUACUUCAAUGUGAUUGUAGCUGCGGAAGAUGUACAUAGGGGGAAGCCUGAUCCAGAAAUGUUUGUAUAUGCGGCACAACUACUAAAAUUCAUACCUGAGCGGUGCAUUGUGUUUGGUAACUCAAAUCAAACAGUGGAGGCUGCCCAUGAUGCUCGGAUGAAAUGUGUGGCUGUUGCUAGCAAGCAUCCAGUAUACGAGCUCGGGGCUGCAGACUUGGUGGUUAGACACCUAGAUGAGCUCUCAGUGGUCGAUUUGAAGAAUCUAGCUGCUGUUGAAACAGCUGAAUUUGGUUCUGGAGAGCCAGAGUUGGAGCUGGAGGAAGAAUAUGAUGGUCCAACUUCAUCAACUUCGGCAGCAGUUGAUGAUAAUUUCUGGUAACCCCAUAAAAUGUACAGUUCAUUACUCAUUGCUGAUUCUUGAUAAAAAAUAGCUUUAUAUUGACAAUGCUGUGUAUACAAAUUAGAAAAGGACAAAAUGCAAAGAAUAGAAAACAGAUUACGGGUGGUCUGCAUUGGACCACCUUGAUGUUGUCAUGCAUGUAAUUAAAUAUGUAUGCAACUUUCAAAAUUUAUCUGCUGCUGUUUCUGUUAUAAUUCA